AGCGACGGUUGUAUACAUUCGGGAGCUGCCAAACCAACUGCCUUGCUGAAGAUAGCCUUUGCCAAGGAAACCUGCAAGGAUUAUUAACCACAGGAGUUUGGUUUUUUGUGUGUGGCAAGGUGCGACACAGUGCAACGGUGGACUAAUUUCCACUUUCUUGAGGAGAAAACUGUGACACUGGUGACACAUUUAUCGUUCGUCUGGGAGCGAUAUGGGUUGAUGUGUUUCAAUGAACAACUAUCCGAGCGAUAAAACUCAAACGAUAGCGCCAAAGAAUGCAUACGACGGCGUGGUCUUUAAAAUGGGCGUAAAACACGAAAUGUGAUUAUUUCAAGUGAUGUGUGCUUAAUUACACCCCGUCUUCGUCGAAGGACUGGCUAGGAGGAGGAGGUGAAAAACGACAACAGUUUAACAGGUGAAAAUACUACUUUGGGGAAAAAAAUAACGGUUUGGGAUCCAAGCAGUUAACGUCGCGGUGAAAGGUGAACAAGCAGCACUUGCUGCAAGCACGUACUGAAGGUUGCAGCCCGCUCAGACCGAGAACUGGGAGGACUAAUGAAUUUUUAUAGUGUGGCUCGACCAAGUCUAAUGAAAAUUUAUCGGCCACUCUGAAGGUACGAUAAUGAUAAUGAGAAAAUUAAGUAAAGGUGUUCGGUUCAAUAAUAAAUUGCAAAGUGUUUAACGGCGAAGAAAACAUUGUGGGUUGCGUUAGUUGUAACGAGGAGCUGUCAACGGAGAUCGUGAAAAGGAAUCCCUGAAAUCGAGUGUCGUUGCACAUGUGAAAAGGGUAACCGAAGCAGCCAUUGAAAAGCGAUUUUCCAACAACUCCAGGAAUCUGUCGGACGGAAACGGGAGAGAAGUAAGUGAAAGUGAUAAAAGGAUUGAAUUACCAAGAUAAGGGGUGCUUUGAAAACGGCGUGCAGUUCAGUGGCAAUAUUUGAAAAAGAGAGAAUGGUAACGACCGAUUCUGGUUGAAGGCGAAAAGGGUUUUUAUAACGUUUGAGGUUUUAUGACGCUUGGUGAACCGAAUCCGGAAUUGCAGGGAAAAGGAGUCAUGGGAAGCUAAAUCCGGACUGUGACGACCCGACAGCGUAGCAAGCGCCUCCGCUAAUUAGUUUGGAACCCAUCGCCAGCUUUGGGGACAUCCGUUGGCGACGACGCGAGAUGAGUCACAAUCGUCCACCGAAACUGCCAGUGACGUACAGCAGCAAAAAUAUAGGAAGAGGAAGUACUAGAGCCAUAGACUCUACCGCCACCAAUAGUAGCAACCGGCAAAGUUGCUGCUGUCCCAGAAACGGACAUCGUCAUUUGUCUUCAUCAACCUGGGUUAAAGCUGGUCUGGCACAGAUACCAUGCCCACGAUUUCUCAUCAUCACCGACUACCAGUGAUGAUGAUGUUAACUAAUAAGCAGCUUUACAUGGCAGUGUGUAAAUAGUUAUCCCCGCCAUUGCCCAAGUACUAAACGAAAAAAAAACACAAACAAUGUGAUACUGACUACAAGUCAACAAAUAUCCAAACACGAAUGGUUAAACCAGCGAUAAGGCCUUCUCAACCCCAGCCCCAUUCUGUUACCGACUGUCGAACGAACAUAAAAAAUAUUCAUAGUUCUAUAAGCUUCACAUUCUCGCAACCCUGCCGUUAGAUCUAAAAAUCGGUGAAGCUCAAAGCCAAUAAAUUAGGAAUCACUGAUCAUAGCACUCCAAGCAAUCGAAACUAAAGCAAACGAACGAAUCGAAGCAACCCGACACACAGUGAAUCAAAUCUAGAACUACUAUCCAAGCAACCUAAAUCUUAAAAGUACUCCAACUUUCCAUCCAACAAAUCUGCCGAGAGCAGGAGGAGUAUGAUCCAUCUGUAUCCACUCGAGGAGCAUCCGCAUUUUUGUUCGUUUUACUGGGGCAGCAUCAACGGGAACAACAGCAGCAUCAGUAGCACCAGCUUCAGCGCCGCCGCCAGCACCAACUAUGACGGGACGCUUCGAAGUGGGCUGUACGAGGACCCGCGCAUAGAAUACCUUCGGAAGAUUUCCUACGGCAUCGCUCUGCCCAUCAUCUGCGCUCUGGGGAUCGUCGGCAACGUGUUGAAUCUGGUGGUGCUGACCAGGCGAAAUAUGCGCGGGACGGCCUACAUCUACAUGAGGGGUUACUCGGCAGCGGCACUGCUGGCGAUCAUCUUUGCCAUUCCGUUCGGCAUGCGAAUGCUGAUCCAUCGGGAUUCCGGCCGGUGGCGUAACUUCAGCCAAGCGUUCUACUCAGCUCAUCUUGAACUAUUCCUCGGCAAUGGCUGCCUUGGUGUUGGCGUGAUCAUGCUGCUGGUGCUGACCAUCGAGCGGUACGUGUCGGUGUGCCAUCCGGGUCACAUCCGACGGUUCUGUACGCCGCGCGUCACCGUGGCGUUGAUUCCGGUGAUCACCUUUCUGAUCUAUCUGCCGUCGGUGCUGCGUGGUGAGGUCGUCAAGUGUGUCGUACAAUCCGAUGGAUCAACGAUGUUUCAUAAGCGCGAUAAUAUGAAAUUUUUAGAUUCGUUAUUUUACUCGAUUUACAAGGUGAUAUUGGAGAUAGUAUUCAAGCUGGCCCCAACGGUGCUAAUUGCCGGCUUUAACUUAAGAAUAAUGAUCGUGUAUCGUCGUACCUGUGAUAAGCGCCGACGGAUGACGCUGUCCCGGAUCAACACCAAGGACGAAGAUCCUCGCAAGUUCGCCGAAGAGAGGCGGCUCAUGAUGUUGCUAGGUAGCACAUCACUUCUAUUCUUGCUCUGUGUUUCCCCGAUGGCACUUCUACAUGUGACGCUGUCACCGGAGCAUCUAUCGAGUUAUUCUUUCCAGCUUUUCCGUGCACUCGCAAAUCUUCUGGAGCUCAUCAAUUAUUCUUUGACAUUCUACAUCUACUGCCUGUUCAGUGAAGACUUCCGGAAUACACUAUUCCGAACGAUAAGGUGGCCUUGGUUUGAGAAACCGCUCUAUAAUCGAGGAACCGACUUUCAACUAAAGCAUCUUCAUUCGGGUGCGCUUCUCAAUGGUCAUCAUCACCAUCACCGGCAUCACCACCAUUCGAACGGCAAGAGGUGUCUGGCGAACAGCAGUUCGCCCGGUAACGGAACACUUCUCCAUCCCAAUUCAGCUCACAGUCAACGUUUAUCGCCGAGUGCGACAAUGCAGCAGCAACAUCUCCUGUCGGCAAUAACACCAACAACAACGGCAACGACAACGCCGCAGCACCUACAGGCUACGCAAAUCACCUUAACGACGGCCACCACCACUUCCGGUUUCUGCACGACCACGGGCCGGUCCAGCAGCAUAUGAUACUACGCCAACGGCGGUGGUGGAAGCAGCACAUGCUGCUCCGUCAGUCGCUGCGGCAGCAUCUCCAGCGGAAUCGGGAUCGGAACUCGAGGGUUCGAAACUACCGGCGACGGAAUUGGAACGGUGGAUACCGAAGAUGAUCCACCGCCAGUCGACGUUUGAGGGUUCAUCUAAGGUUCGGACGAUUCAGGCGUUCCUUGAUUUCAGCGAAAAAGACCCGUGGAUGGCGCAUAGCCAUCUUUGAACACAGAAUCUCGAACCGACACAUACAUUGCAACGUAAUAAGCAAAAUUAUUUAUAGGGGAUAAUAUCUCCGGUUACAGCUAUCUCUAAGAAAAUUAAAAUACUUAAAACAGUCCAUAGUUAAUCGAUGUUAUUGUAAAUAAUAAACGUCUCGAAUUUCCGCUGCAAAUCUAUGCGGAAUCUUCGACUUCGAAUAAGGGAACAGGAACUGAAACGAGAACAGUGUCCUACCUUUCGCAUUACAACUGAACGAAGGAAUUUAGAUUUAGAAAGUUCUUAACAACUCAAAAGAAGAAUUACGAUUGUAGACUAGUCGAACAACCAGAUGAGAGAAAGAUAAAAAAUUUACAUUCUACAUAUAUUUACAAUAUAUUUAGCAGAGUGAGUCCGAAAGACGACAGAACUACACUUAAAAUCGGUGCCAUUGGUCGAAAUUCCAUUGUUGUUAGAGUCUAUUUAUGACGUGAUUGUAGUUGUGCGUGACAGAAGACACGAUGAUGCCGCAGGAGGAAGUCGCGAAACGUGACUUGCCGAGGGGAGCAUAGAUAGCGAACGGCGGCGUCUACGUACCGGCAUGCUUUCAACCGUGAGUGUAUUACAGACUAGAGAAUCAAAUUCUGAACCAGUUAUUGAAGAGCAUUACCAAGUAUUAUAUAAUUAUACAGAAUCGGCGAACUCUAACACAAAUAGGUGGAAAAUGGAAUGUUGAUGACGGAAAUCCAUUUUUUGGAUGAUGUCCGAAAAAGACAGCGAAUAUAAUAGGAACAUAGCAAGUGGAUUUAAAAUGUGAGGAGCACUGAGCAGUGUCUAGGUCCUUAAUCAAAACACAGAAACAAACAGAAUUGAGAACUGUAUUUCCCAUUCAAUAUAAUGUAAAUAUAAUGCCGAUUUUAAGCUGAAACUAAUCGAACUACUACUACGAUGAUGUACUUAAAUAGUAGAAUAUACAACUAAUAAAACCGAUCAGAAGAAAACUCGCAAACUCGUCAGCAA